AUGGCUGCACCUAGCAUCGGGGCCCUAGAGAGCUUCGGUCCAGCGUCUGCUACGGCUGCAUCUAGUGUCGGGGCUCUCGGAGUUUCAUGUCGGGGAUGUCGGGAGCUUCGGUCCAUCGUCUGCUACUGCUGCAACUCGUGUCGGGACUAUCGGCAGUUUCGGUCCAUCGUCUGCUACGGCUGCAACUUGUGUCGGGCUCUCGGGAGUUUCAUUCCAUCGUCUGCUACGGCUGCAACUAGUGUCGGGGCUCUCGGGAGUUUCGGCCCAUCGUCUGCGCAUGGUAUUGCUGUAACUAGCGUCGGGGCCCUAGAGAGCUUCGGUCCAGCGUCUCCUACGGCUGCAACUAGUGUAGGGGCUCUUGGGAGUUUCGGUCCAUUGUCUGCUACGGCUGCGACUAGUGUCGAGGCUCCAAGCAGUUUCGGUCCAUCGUCUGCUACGGCUGCGACGAGUGUCUGGGCCCUAGAGAGCUUCGGUCCAACGUCUGCUACGGCUGCAACUAGUGUCGGGGAUCACUUGAGUUUCAACACAUCGCCUGCUACGGCUGCAACUAGGUUCGGAGCCCUAGAGAGCUUCGGUCAAACGUCUGUUACGGCUGCAACUAGUGAAGGGGCUCUCGGGAGUUUCGGCCCAUCGACUGCGCAUGCUACGGCUGCAACUAGUGUCGGGGCCCUAGAGAGCUUUGGUCCAUCGUCUGCUACGGCUGCGACUAGUGUCGGGGAUUGUCGGGCUCUCGGGAGUGUCAUCCCAUCGGCUGCUACGGCUGCAACUAGUGUCGGGGCUCUCGUUAGUUUCGGGCCAUCGUCUGCGCAUGCUGUUGCUGCAACUAGCGUCGGGGCCCUGGAGAGCUUCUGUCCAGCGUCUGCUACGGCUGCAACUAGUGUCUGGGCCCUAGAGAGCGUCGAACCAGCGACUGAUACGGCUGCAACCAGUUUCGGGGAUCACUUGAGUUUCAACACAUCGUCUACUACGGCUGCAACUAGGUUCAGGACCCUAGAGAGCUUCGGUAUAGCGUCUGUUACGGCGUUAACUAGUGUCGGGGCCCUAGAGAGCUUCGGUCCUGCGUCUGCUACGGGUGCAACUAGUGUCGGGGCUCUCGUUAGUUUCGGCCCAUCAUCUGCUACGGCUGUGUCGGGGCUCUCUUUAGUUUUGGCCCAUCGUCUGGUACGGCUGCAACUACUGUCGGGGCUCUCGGAGUUUCAACCCAUCGUCUGCUAUGGCUGCAACCAGUGUCGGGGUGCUAGAGAACUUCGGUCCAGCGUCUUUUACGGCUGCAACCAGUGUCGGGGCUCUCGGGAGUUUCAACCCAUCGUCGGCUACAGCCUGCAACUAGUGUCGGGGCUCUCGUUAGUUUCGGCCCAUCGUCCGCUACGGCUGCGACUAGUGUCGGGGGUCUCGGGAGUUUAG